GUGGGAAGAAGAGAGUUUGCAAAACUGGGUCGCUUUUGGGCCGAGCUGCUUCUUUCUCGCCGCGAUAAGAAAGCAGAGGAGUUUGAAGGCAGCUAGCAGGAGCAGGAGGGACAGCUGACACUCUUACCUCAAGGAUUGCCAGGGAUGGGAAGAUGCCCCUUGAGGUGAAAUGGCCCUUUCCCCGGUCCCCGCAUCUGCCCUGGACCUUGGCCAGCAGGGUGGUCAUGGGCUUGGUGGGCACCUACAGCUGCUUCUGGACCAGGUAUAUGAACCAGCUGAAUGUCCAUAACGAAGAAGUGCUGUAUGAGCUUAUUGAGAAGCGCCAGGAAGGCACCCCUCUUUUGACGGUCUGCAACCACCAGUCCUGCAUGGAUGAUCCACAUCUGUGGGGGAUCCUGAAAUUACGGCACGUCUGGAACUUGCAGAAAAUGCGCUGGACUCCAACAGCUGCAGACAUCUGCUUCACCAAGGAGCUGCAUUCCCGUUUCUUCAGCCUUGGGCGAUGUGUACCUGUCUGUCGUGGAGAUGGAGUCUAUCAGAAAGGCAUGGACUACAUUCUUGAGAAGCUCAACCAUGGAGACUGGGUUCACAUGUUCCCAGAAGGCAAAGUAAACAUGACUCAGGAAUUCAUGCGCUUCAAAUGGGGCAUUGGGCGUCUUCUGGCUGAAUGCCGCCUUCACCCCAUUAUACUGCCACUCUGGCAUGUAGGAAUGAAUGAUGUACUCCCCAAUACACCCCCAUACGUGCCCCGUGCUGGGCAGAAGGUCACCGUGCUAAUUGGGAAGCCAUUCAGUGCCCGUCCCCUGCUGGAGCACCUGCGGGCAGAGAACAAAUCAGCGAUGGAGAUGCGGAAAGCACUGACCGAUUUCAUUCAGGAGGAGAUCCAGGCACUGAAGGACCAGGCCGAGAGACUGCAUCAGACUUUCAAGCUUCAGGGCUAGCGAUGUGAACAGGAUGAGCACCAGAGGCUCUUCCACCAAAGCAUGGAUUGUGCAGUACUGUGCGGCACAAUGCAUGGACUACCUCUGACGUUCCCACUUUGCCACCUGUUGCCCAUGCCACGCGCCACAAGUGGACUGGCAUUGCAUGUAGAGAUGGAUGAAGGCUCCCUACAUACCUCAUGGAGCCCCACCCCCCACCCGUGUGCCUCACGCUCUGUUGUUGUGCUUGUCUCCCAAAGGGAGGGAAGAAACGCAGAAAGACUAUUGAAUGUGGAGUUCCCUGUGACCAGGUGCUGGAAGGAGCUUGGGCCCAGACUGGCAGCUAUUGGUGAUGGAUGUACAGGACCAAGGGGAGGAGUUGGGGAGGGGGCGGUAAAGCAGGCUCCGCCCCUCCUUGCAGUGAUCCCUUUUUGCACCAGCCUGCAUUGCUUAGUGGGGGCUGGAAAGGAUCGGUGAUUGAUUCCAUCAGUUCUCUCCUUUUUUGUAGAAUAUUGGCCCCAAUGUGGAUUUUAUACUUGGAAAUUUUUCCAGUAAAUGAUUUUAAACCCUG